GGUUUCGUGGCUCGCUUGACUGCUCUCUCGCGGUGCCGUUAGUGCUCUUCGAGGGGUGGGCGUGUGCGUUUCGGAAGGGAUCACCGGCGCCUUGACCCGACUGCGGUUUCCGUUUCCGCAUCGGACCGGACCGGAGUUCUUGUGGUCUUGCUCGGCGCUGGUGGAAGGGACGCUGCGGGCAUGCAGUCGUACAGGUUCAUGCUGGAGCAUCACCACGAGGAGGCCAUGAAGGGCUACGACGCUAAGGCGCUGUUGCACAGCUCGGCGCCGCACGGUGGAGGCUACGGCGACGGUUACACCAAGAGCGAUGGCUACGCCAAGAGUGACGCCACCGGCUACGGAGGCAAGACGGGCGUCUUGAGGAGCAGCGGUGGGAGCGCUACGGAUGCGACGGCGAACGCCUACAAGACGACUACUGAAAAGUGCAUCCUUCUCAACACGGACCCAAAGGAGAAGUCCAAAAAGGGCGGAGGAGGAGGCGGCGGAGGUCCGGAGCCCUCUCUGGCAGCGGCUGCGGCAGCCGCCGCGGCGCAGGACGCCAGCGGGAUCCGUCGCUACCGGACGGCCUUCACGCGCGAGCAGCUGGCGCGGCUCGAGAAGGAAUUCUGCCGCGAGAACUACGUAUCCAGGCCCCGGAGGUGCGAGCUGGCCGCCACGCUCAACUUGCCCGAGAGCACCAUCAAGGUGUGGUUCCAGAACAGGCGCAUGAAGGACAAGCGGCAGCGCAUGGCGCUGGCCUGGCCGUACGCCGAUCCGCACUUCGCCGCGUACAUGCUGAACGCGGCGGCAGCGGCCGCGGCCUCGGGCGCCGCGGGUUAUCCGUACGGGUUGCCCUUCCCGUACUACACGGCUGCGGCAGCGGCCCUGUCUCCGCUGGGACGCUAUCACCCGUACAGCGCCGCCGGUCCCGCCAGGCCCCCAUCACCUGUUCUGCAGCUGGCCGGGACGCCCGGUCCGUUUCCCCGGUCGCCCUCGGAGCCAGUGACGGCGGCCUCGCCUGCUACGACGACUCCGUGCGCCUGCCCCUACAUACCGUAUCCCGGCACGCAGCUGCCGCCGACGCAACAGCCGCACCAGCAGCACACGACGUCGACGACACCGACGACCACGGUGUCCAGCCGAUCCCCGCCGUCUUCGCGGCUUAUCGCGGCUCCCGAGCCCAUCACCCUGGCUGCGCAUACGACGGAGCCAUCGGCGAAACCGCCCAGCUUGUUUCGGCCGUUCAAGACGGACGCCGAGAAACCCUGACUCGUUGCACCUUUGUCAGUCAUGGCGCGGACUACAGCGACGGUGACAGAGAGUCGUCGAGAACUUCGGAGAAACGACGCCCACCGGGUGCUGCGCGAUGUGAUCGCGCUUUGACGUCGGUAAGGCGCAACAGCGGAGUCGGCCGGUGUGUGUGGUGGUACAACAGGAACGAUGGCGUUGACUCAUCGAGAGACGUGCGCGGUUGGUCUCUUCAGUGUCGAACCGAAAGUGUGCGCACUGAAAUUAAUAUCCCGGUUCCCUUUCGAGAAAAGUAAGGCCGUGAUGCCUGAAAUGCAUACCCGCAGACGACGUGCUUCGGUAUGGUAAUCCUUUAACCAGUCAUAAUUAACGAGGUGCCCACGAAGGUGACGCGCGUGCUGUCGUCAGCGGAAACGGAAAAAGGCUUGCAGAUGCAGCGUGUGAAAAAGACACCCAAGACCGUCUUGCCUUAGCUUAGCCGCAUACGCUUGAAGUUAUCUCACCUAUUCAUUGGUGAGAGUUGACGAUGAGCAAACUUGUGCGCCUACAUCGCCGAGAAAAGAAAGAGAAAAGAAACCAGCUUUCCCAGUGACCGAAAAUCGGGAACAAUCGUAAAGAAGUGCAACCCUACUCCAAGUGUUCGCCUAGUGACUCUGAGGCUCAUCGGGAAGAAGGGUGACGAAGAGUGACGUUCUUUGCACUUCAUGUAGAACUGACGAUGAACGGGACACUUUUCAUUUCCGAAUAGAACGAUCGGCAGACGAGCGCGACAUGUGCAAUCUUCUCGGCUCUUAGUGGAAGUGAAGGGGCAUUGACUGUAAUCUAUGCUCGAAUAUAUACGUACAAUGCUCAUUCAUGCCUGUAAGCCUCUGGAUGUGUUUGUGGACGUUGUGAAGUGUUCGCCGAACUGCCAAAGAAAAAGGGGCGAAACGAGAACAGGACCACGUGAGCUGUGCGGGCAGACACUGCAGUGACUCCAGACAUUAUGCCAUUUCGGCCGCUGCUUCCGGCAGCCUUCCUUUACGUCGCAGUAAAAUCAGUGCAUUGCUUA